UGACAUCACAGCCCAGCCUCCCGCGCCCCACAAAUCGGAGGAGAGCCAGUUACCCGCGAGACAUCGACGUAGGAGGGUUGCCGUUCAGUGUCUCGUGUUUAUAUGUGAUUCACUUAUUUGCAAUGGCGACUCCUAAGCAGGUGCUGAAGAGUGUUGGUCCGAAACUCGUCCCAUUCUUCAAAACAGUCGCCAUUUAUUUCGUGCUUUUUAUCCCGUCUGACCAGCCAUCUUUGCUAGCCAUGGUGAUAAAAUGCUUGCCUGUCAUCUCCCUCAUCGCCUUCGUGCUUCUCCACGGCAUGAGUCUCGGGGAAGAAUACGCCUACUCUCGCCGCAUCCUCUUAGGCCUAGUGUUUUCAUUAAUAGGCGAUGCGUUGCUGAUAUGGGAAGAUCUGUUUGUACAUGGCCUGGCAGCGUUCCUCGUGGCUCAGAUCUUGUACAUAUCAGCAUUCGGAUUUUCGCCCUUCAAUGUUUACGUGGCUGCCGCUGUGUACUCCGCCAUGGCUCUCGGCAUUGCAACCUUACUACCGGGGACAGCAGGAGGCCUAAGCGUGGGUAUGCCUAUCUACACCUUUUUCUUAAUGACAAUGGUGUGGAGGGCUGUGGCAAGGGUACAGCUGUUUGAGGAGCUGUGGACGUGGACAAAGCUGUGUUCCUGUGUGGGUGGCCUGCUGUUUGCUGCGUCAGAUUGCAUCAUUGGGGUCAACGCCUUCCUGUUUCGUGUUCCGCACUCCCAGGCACUCAUAAUGACAACGUACUAUGCUGCACAACUUGGAAUUUCUCUCAGUGUGGUGGACAGCAAGGCAAGCUAUCUCGACGCCCACAGAGGCACGCCCACGCCCGCCACGCCCACGCCCGCCCGCCACCACACGCCCCCGCCCGCCACCCACACCAUCUCCCUGCCCAAAUCUCGUAGGCGCGUCGUGAGAGUGAGUGAGAGAGGACAGUGAGUUCUAGGUCUAAUUGUGUGUGUGUGAGAGAGAGAGAGAGAGGGGUGGGGUGACACAAGGGGGUACUUGUUCCUUCUUUGUUUUGUUUUUGUUUUUUGUUGUUUUUGUUUUUGUUCUUGUUGUUCUUGUUCUUCUUCUUCUUCUUCUUCUUCUUCUUCUUCUUCUUCUUCUUCUUCUUUAUUAUUAUUAUUAUUAUUAUUAUUAUUUAUUUUUUAUUAUUUUCUUCUUCUCUUUCUCCUCCUCUUCCUCCUCCUCCUCCUCCUCUUGUUCUUGUUGUUGAUGUUGUUAUUGUUGUCCUCCUCCUCCUCCUCCUCCUCCUCCUCCUCCUCCUCCUCCUCCUCCUCCUCCUCCUCCUCCUCCUCCUCCUCCUCCUCGUUAGCUUUUAAGUAAGGGGUUAGGGUAAGCUAGGUUAGAGUAGUAGUAGUAAUAGUAGUAGUAGUAGUAGUAGUAGUAGUAGUAGUAGUAAUAGUAGUAGUAGUAGUAGUAGUAGUAGUAGUAGUAAUUUUUGUAAUGGAAAUUAUAUAAUACUCGUAAUUUUUAUUUGGUGAUGUUUAAAAGAUUAUUAUUAUUAUUAUUAUUAUUAUUAUUAUUAUUAUUAUUAUUAUUAUUAUUAUUAUUAUUAUUAUUAUUAUUAUUUAACUUCGUCGUAAAGGAAUAAUGAAAAAAAACAAACGGUAUUUUUUUUUAUUUUAUUUAUUUAUUUAUUUAUUUCGUAGACGGAAGAGUGAAUAAUAAUAAUAAUAAUAAUAAUAAUAAUAAUAAUAAUGAUAAUAAUAAUUUUUCAUAAAGACAUGAAUGAAAGAGUGAAAAUAAAAAAACAUUAUUAUUAUUAUUAUUAUUAUUAUUAUUAUUAUUAUUAUUAUUAUUAUUAUUAUUAUUAUUAUUAUUAUUUAUGUGCGUGCGUGCGUGCGUGUUUGUUUGUAAAUAGCAAUGUAUUACUACUAUUACUAUUUUUGAGGCCAAAGUAGAGAGAGAGAGAGAGAGAGAGAGAUGAAAAAAAAGGUUUAUUAGUAAAAUUCUGGAUUAUUUUUUUUCUUCUAUUUAUUUAUUUAUUUAUUUAUUUAUUAUUAUUAUUAUUUUUUUUUUUUGGUGUAAGGAAAGUUAACAAAAUAUUAUUAAUUAAUCUUAAAGGAAUGAUAUUGUUUACCUUAAAGGAACGGUACUAGAUAUUGUGAAGUUAAACCGCCAUCUUGUUUUCUUUUGGGGAAAUACUUAUUUUUUUUUUCUGUAACAAGGAAAAAAUAAGAAUAAGAAUAAAAUAAAUAAAUAAAUAAAAGGGAAGAAUUUAUUAGUCAGUUAAGAAGAAUGAUAUUUUAUGUCCCGUUUUCUUUUCGUGAACCUUAAAGGAACGAUGUCAGAUAUUAACAGAUUUCCUUCGUUUUUUUGUAAGAUAAAGAGAUUUGUUUCCUUUUUUUUUUUUUUUUUUUUUUUUGUUUUAUAAGAUUAAUGAGAAAAAGGAAAGGAGAUUUAUAUUCAACACACACACACACACACGUUUCAAGACACACACAAAAAAAAUAUAUUCCUGAGAUUUUAAAACAUAUAAAUAUUUAUGUAAUCGUAUAAUGAUUUUUCUUUCUUUCUUUCUUUAUUUCUUUAUUUAUUUUAUUUAUUUGUUUAUUUUAUAGUUUAUUGAGUUUAAUAUAUUAGAGUGUUGUGUGUUUGUGGCGUGUGGUUUAACCUUAAAGGAACGAUAUUGUCAUUACCUACGGAAAUUAAGAAUGAUAAAUAACAGUAAUAAUAAUAAUAAUAAUAAUAAUAAUAAUAAUGUUAUAAUUGAUUUACAUUAUACAAGAAAAUAAUUAUUAAUAUUUGGUUUUAUCCUAAAGGAACGGUAUUCUGUGUGUAACCGCGAGAAUUACAUUAACAUAAAUAACAAUAAUAAUUUACUGUCAUGGAUUGUAAUUGUAUUAAUAAUAUUUUCUUCAUCCUACAAGAGAGAGAGAGAGAGAGAGAGAGAGAGAGAGAGAGAGAGAGAGA